GCAAAGCUGUCCCACUGUAACAUCAUGAUUAUGUGUGGUCAUGCAAAUAGUAUGGUAAUGUCCGCGGUGAUAAAACUGGGCCAAACCAACAUUUUACGUCGUCAAUUGAAAAGAAAUCAUAUUAGAUUUUUCUUCACAUCAAGAGAUGACUUUGCAUUUUUCUCAAGGGUAUUCGGAUGUCAAAUAAAAGAAAAACUCAAAACCAGUUAUUUAAGUGGACCACGAGAUGUACCUUUGCUCAGGCUAACUUUGGGUCAAUUGUUGCAACAAGCUGCGGAUCGGUUUGGAGACCGAACAGCUGCCGUAUUUGUUCACCAAGACAUCAGAACUACGUUCCAUCAAGUGCUGAUUGAUGUAAGAAUAAGUGAAUAUUCGAACUUGACUAGAAGUAAGCACUGUUCCAUUCAGGCAGAUAAGGCAGCUGCUGGACUUCUCUCAUUAGGAUUAAACCGUGGCGAUCGGAUUGGCAUUUGGGGACCUAAUUCGUAUGAAUGGCUGCUGACACAAUGGGCGGCAGCAAGAACAGGAUUAAUACUUGUGAAUAUAAAUCCGGCGUACCAGGCUGGAGAACUACAGUAUGCGUUAAACAAAGUUGGAGUCAAAGCCUUGGUUGUGGCAAAGACGUUUCGAAAAACGAAUCUCAUGGACAUCUUACGUCAGAUAGUUCCACAGCUUUAUACAUCCUGCACCAAUAAUCAACAAGAACUUGUCGAUGAAUUACUAAUCUCAAGCCCUCUGGUACCUACUCUAACAAGAGUGAUUGUUUUAUCAGAUCAUGUACAAAAUAGUGGAGCUUUACGAUGGCAGGAUUUGAUGGAUUUGGCCACUCCAGCUCUGAUCGCUGAAGUCAAUAAUCUCCAGCGAAAGAUUCAGGUGGAUGAACCGGCUAACAUUCAGUUCACUUCGGGCACGACGGGAAAUCCCAAAGGAGCAACGCUUUCACACUCAAAUAUUGUCAAUAAUUCCUACCUUGUUGGAAUGAGAGUCGGGUAUCACCAAAAGCCGCACACCAUCUGUGUUCCUGUUCCACUCUAUCACUGUUUUGGAUGCGGUCUCGGGGUGCUGGCUGCUGCUUCACAUGGGGCUACUUGUGUUUUUCCCAGUCCUGUCUUCAGCGCUAGAGAGGCAGUCAAAGCAGUUCAUAAUGAGAGAUGCACAUCUCUGUACGGAACUCCGACCAUGUUUGUCGACAUCCUAAGCUUGCCGGAUUUGAAACAAUACGACCUGAAAAGCCUGUCCACAGGUAUUAUGGCUGGAGCACCAUGUCCGGAAGAAAUAGCCAAAGGAGCCAUAAAUGAUUUAUAUAUGAAGGAUUUUGCGAUUUUGUACGGAAUGACGGAAUGCAGCCCAGGUACGUUUGUUACGUUACCGACAGACAGUUUUGAGGUACGGUGCUCCACUGUUGGCUAUCCUUGCGAACACGUCGAGGUAAAAGUCGUCGAUCCUGCGACCAAUGAAAUCCUACCUAUCAACACUCCAGGCGAAAUCUGUACAAGGGGGUACAAUACUAUGUUAGGUUAUUGGAAUCAACCAGACAAGACCAAAGAAAUUAUCAGCGAGGACGGAUGGAUAAGAUCCGGAGAUAUAGGAGUUCUUGACGAGAAUGGGUACGGUAAAAUUGUUGGAAGGAUUAAGGAUAUGAUUAUACGUGGAGGAGAGAACGUUUACCCACGCGAAAUUGAGGAAAUCCUUCACACCCACCCUUCAGUCCAAGAAGCCCAGGUUGUAGGAGUUCCUGAUGAAAGACUGGGUGAGGAAAUCUGUGUUUGGAUCCGUUGCAAGUCUCAGACUACUGCCGAUGCUAUCGAGUUGAAGAACUUCUGUGCAGAAAGGGUAAUUAUUAGUUACUUCCAUAAAUUAUAUCACAAUUCUAAUACGUAUUGGGAACUGACUUUGCCCUUUAUUCCAAGGACAUCUAGCCGCCAGCAACACGAAAAACUUAAAACGAGCUAUUUGAGUGGACCACGCCAUAUUCCUUUGCUUAGGUUAACCUUGGGCCAGUUGCUUCAGCAAGCUGCGGAUCGAUUUGGAGACCGGACAGCUGCUGUGUUUGUCCAUCAAAACAUAAGAAAGACAUUUCAUCAAGUGCUGAUUGAAGUGGGAUCGGAUUUUUUGAAUAUGAAAAAAGUUCAGCGAUUAUUAUUAUUAUCUUAGGCCGAUAAAGUAGCCGCUGGACUGCGCUCAUUAGGUUUGAAACGUGGCGAUCGGAUCGGAAUCUGGGGUCCUAAUUCUUAUGAAUGGCUACUGACGCAAUGGGCAGCGGCAAGAGCAGGACUGAUUCUUGUGAACGUGAAUCCCGCAUAUCAAGCUGGAGAACUACGCUACGCGCUAGAAAAAGUUGAAGUUAAAGCUUUGGUAGCGGCCAAAACUUUUCGUAACACGGACCUCAUAGAUAUCUUAAGCAAGCUGGUUCCGCAACUGGAUCGACAAGGUGCCACCGAUAACGUUUCCAAUGGUGAACUCCGCGUUACUAGCGAUGCGGUACCAAGCCUCGAACGAGUGGUUGUGCUAUCAGAUGAACCCCAAAACAGUGGGGCGAUAAUUUGGCAAGAUUUAAUGAACAUGGCGACUCCAGCUCAGGUGGCUGAAGUUCACAAUCUUCAGCGAGAAAUUCAGGUUGAUGAAGCGGCUAACAUCCAAUUCACUUCGGGAACAACAGGAAAUCCUAAAGGAGCAACACUUUCCCAUUACAACAUUGUCAACAAUUCUUAUUUUGUUGGACUGAGAUUAGGCUAUGACAAAAAGCUCCAAACGAUUUGUGUCCCUGUUCCACUGUACCAUUGCGCUGGAUGUGUGGUUGGCGUAUUAACCGCAGCUUCACAUGGAGCAACCUGCGUUUUUCCAAGUUCUGUCUUCAGCGCAAAGGAGGCAAUCAAAGCAAUCCAUCACGAAAGAUGUACAGCCUUGUAUGGCACCCCUACAAUGUUUGUCGACAUCCUCAAUCUACCUAACUUGAAAGAAUACGAUCUAAAAAGCCUGUCUACGGGUAUUAUGGCUGGAGCACCGUGUCCAGAAGAAAUAGCCAAAGGAACCGUAACUGACUUGAACAUGAAGGAUUUUGCGAUUUUAUACGGAAUGACGGAAUGCAGCCCGACGACAUUCAUGACAUUACCUACGGACAGCUUCGAAUUGCGCUGUUCUACAGUUGGCUACCCUUGCGAACACGUCGAAGUGAAAAUCGUCGAUCCACAAACAAAUGAAAUUCUGCCUAUCAACACCCCAGGAGAAAUCUGUACAAGAGGAUACAACACUAUGUUAGGGUAUUGGAAUCAACCAGACAAAACUAUCGAAGUUAUCAAGGACGGAUGGAUACACUCCGGAGAUAUUGGAGUACUCGACGAGAACGGCUAUGGUAAAAUUGUUGGAAGGAUUAAGGAUAUGAUUAUACGUGGAGGAGAGAACGUUUAUCCACGCGAAAUUGAGGAGAUCCUUCACACCCACCCUUCCGUCCAAGAGGCACAGGUUAUAGGGGUGCCUGAUGAAAGACUAGGUGAAGAAAUUUGUGCUUGGGUUCGAAUUAAGUCCCAGGCUACUGUAGAUCCUCUUGAACUGAAGAAUUUUUGUUCUGAAAGGAUGGCUUACUUCAAAAUUCCUCGAUACUGGGUGUUUAAAGACAAAUUUCCCCUCACUGUGACUGGAAAAGUGCAGAAGUUUAUCAUGAAAGACAUCUCCAUUAAAGAGCUAGGUCUUUAAUAAUGGGAAAUUUGCAAUCUAAAACAGUGGAAAAGGAGUAAAGACAUCAUCACCUUACAUCGAUGGCGGUAAAAAAUUACUGAAUUAUCAAACAUACGACGAGAACACGACAAUAACUUACCUUUUGACAAUUUUCACUUUCGAUUUUGAAUACUCUAAUUGCCGUUACAAAGCUUGGUAAUAAACGAAAGAAACUUAAAAAA